CUCUCUUCAUCUCUCUCAAUACACAACAUCAACGCCGCCGUCAAUUACUUCAUGGGGACAUCUCCGGCGGCGGCGGCGGAGGUGAAUGGAAGUGGCCGGCGGAGGAGGAAGAGAACCAAGAACAAAGAGGAGGCAGAGAGUCAGAGAAUGACUCACAUUGCCCUCGAAAGGAAUCGGCGCAAGCUCAUCAAUCACCACCUCUCCCGUCUUCGGUCUCUCAUGCCCCAGUCCUAUCUCCAAAGAGGCGACCAGGCCUCGAUCGUCGGCGGCGCCGUAGAAUUCGUAAAGGAGCUGGAGCACAUUCUGCAGUAUCUGGAAGCCAAAAAACACGCGUCUCCGGAAAACCCCGGAGACGGCGGCGCCGACGGGGGCACCAAGGCGGCGCCGCCAAUGGGCCGCCAAUUCGCCCAAUAUUUUGCAUACCAUCAAAAUCAAUGCGGAAGCAGUAAUUCAAAGUACACGUGGCAAGGGAGGGCGGCGGAAAUCGAGGUGACCCUAAUUGAAAGCCACGCGAACAUACGGAUCCUGUCGCGGCGGCGCGUGCGGCAACUCUCGAAAAUGGUGGCGGCGUUCCAGGCGGCGCUGCUGAGCAUCCUCCACCUUAACGUCAUCUCUGUCGACGUCGACGCCGUCGUCCUCUACUCCGUUAGCGCCAAGGUACGUUGAAGAAGGAAGCCAACUGAAGUCAGCGGAUAAAAUCGCAGGAGCAGUUCAUCACAUCCUCGGAAUAAUCGAAGGGGGUGGGGAAGAAGCUAAUCCUAUCUUAUCUAGGUACCCCUAAGCCUGUAAUAAUCCUAUUUAAGAUAUAAUAGUAGUAUUAUUAUUUGUAUUAUGGAUUUAUAUAUAUAUAUAAUGCUGAACAAUUAAUGUAAAAUCAUUUGAAAAAACAUACAUAUAUAAAUAAGUAUAAUCAAGUACUCUUUCA